UAAAACUUUACAUGUCGCGAUACUCUGCAUCUCUAAAAGUAGUGAAUCGCAGCACCUCAGUUCCAUCCAAUCCCCCGCGAGUUCGUCGUCUGUCGGCUUCGCCGUUGCGCAGCGGUUUCGGGUAGAAUCACGUGGAAGCCUGCGUCGGCCGCGACACGCUGAGACCACGCAACUUGAUCCCAGCGAGGCUUCACCACCCCGUCGGCCGUUCACCUCUUCUCAACAGAGCUUCUUCUAAUUCUCCGGCCUUUUCUUUUCUUAUUAGUACCUGCUUUUUCUCCUCUCUUCUCACCCCCUUGAAUUCUUUCGCUUAUCAUUCUUUGUAAUUUGGCCCGGGCUGAGAGGCAAUCUGGCCCCAACCGGUCGCCCCCUAUUUUUCGUUUCCAACUCUUGCCCUUCACAUGAACCAACACUGCUUUUAGGCAGUCUUCCGCCGACUUGUCUUCUUUCCAGCAAAGCUCCUCCUCUUCACCCUUGGCGAUUAGGGUUCGGUCGGAGGAACUUGCUUUGUUUGGAAUUUACCCGUUUGUAAUUCCAGAUCUUUCAUGAGCCGCGUGGGUUCAUUGUCCGCUCGUUUCGAUUCGACUCCCGCUUAUGCUACGACUCUAAUCUUGGUUUCACCCUUUAAUCUUCUCAACUCUGGUUUAAUUUCUUGAUUUCUGCGUGUCAACUCUUUUUUACUCUCUCCAUCCUUGCACCAUGGCGAGCAAUGAGACUGCGUUCGCUACAGGUGCGUCUUCCAGCGCAGACAUUCGAAGGAGAAAUGUUCCCGGUUCGGAGAAGGCCAAUGGCGGGUCUGGUGUACCCGAGAUUGUGGUGGAUGGCAAGAAAGCUUUUGCAAAGAAAUCGUCCUUCCUAGACGUCCUCGAUGAGUGGGAAUUUCUUAUUGCACCAGUAAUAUUUACCGCUUUGGCAUUCUUCACUCGCAUGUGGCGCAUUGGCCUGUCGAACAUUGUGACAUGGGACGAGGCUCACUUUGGCAAGUUCGGUUCUCACUAUAUCAAACGGGAGUUUUAUUUCGACGUGCAUCCUCCGCUGGGUAAAAUGCUUGUUGGUCUCUCUGGAUAUUUGGCCGGGUAUAACGGAUCUUUCGAAUUCAAGUCUGGCGAAAAGUACCCUGAGGAACUCAAUUAUACCUUCAUGCGAAUAUUCAAUGCGUUUUUUGGUGUGGUAUGCGUGCCAUUAGCUUACUUUACCGCCCGAGAGCUCAAUUUCCGUCGGGCAACCGUCUGGCUUGUUACGUUGAUGGUCCUCUUCGAAAACUCCUACGCAACGAUUUCUCGAUUUAUUCUCCUGGAUUCGAUGCUUUUGUGCUUCACCUUCACAACAGUUUUUUGCUGGGCUCGAUUCCACCGAUUUCAGAACCAAAGCUUCUCAUGCGAAUGGUUCAUAUGGUUGUUCUUGACUGGUAUCAGCAUCGGAUGUGUCUGCAGCGUGAAGAUGGUUGGCUUGUUUUGUACUGCGUUGGUUGGACUUUACACUAUCGAGGAUCUAUGGAAUAAGUUCGGCGACUUGAAAAUGCCAAAGACCGUCCUUGCCCAACACCUUGUGGCUCGUAUCAUUGCACUUAUCCUUGUGCCGUUGGCCGUAUACAUGUUCUCUUUCUACAUUCAUUUCCUCGUCCUCGAAAACUCCGGCCCCGGCGAUGCUCAGAUGAGCUCACUUUUCCAGGCGAACCUGAGAGGAACCACUGUCGGGAAGGACAGCCCAUUGGAGAUUGCCAUUGGAUCCAAGGUUACCAUAAAGAACAUGGGAUAUGGUGGUGGUUUACUUCAUUCCCACGUUCAAACCUAUCCCUCGGGCUCUUCGCAACAACAAGUUACAUGCUAUCACCACAAGGACUCGAAUAACGAUUGGUUCGUUUAUCCAAACCGCACUCAGCCCGAUUAUGAUCCCGAGGGCGAACUCAGAUUUAUCGGGGACGGUGACAUUAUUCGCCUUAUCCAUGCCCAAACCGGCCGUAAUUUACACUCUCAUGCUAUCCCCGCUCCAAUCACCAAGUCCAGCUGGGAAGUUUCUUGUUAUGGAAACACAACUGUUGGCGAUGACAAAGACCACUGGGUAGUGGAAGUCGUUAAUGAUGUUGCUUCUAAAGAUCGAUCCAAGAUCCGAACCCUCACUACGGCUUUCCGCCUCCGCCACUCUAGCCUAGGAUGCUAUUUACGUGCUGGCAAUGUUAAUUUGCCUCAGUGGGGUUUCAAGCAGAUUGAAACCACCUGUGUGAAGGAGAAUAAGCCCUAUGAUGUUCACACGCAUUGGAAUGUUGAAUCUCACGUCAACGAGAGACUGCCGAAAGGUGAUCCUGGUGCCUACAAGUCGCCAUUCUUGAAAGAUUUCAUCCAUCUGAAUGUUGCCAUGAUGACUUCGAAUAAUGCUCUUGUUCCCGACCCAGAUAAACAGGAUGAUCUGGCUUCCAAGUGGUGGCAGUGGCCUGUUCUCAAUGUCGGGCUCCGCAUGUGUUCGUGGGACAAUGACACCGUCAAAUACUUCCUCCUCGGCAACCCUUUUGUGUAUUGGGGCAGCACAGCCAGCUUAGCUGUCUUCGGCUUGGUGGUUGCCUGGUACCUCGUCCGCUGGCAACGCGGUUACACCGAGCUGAGUCAGGCAGAUAUAGACCACAUCCAUUACUCUGGUAUCUAUCCUCUCCUUGGAUGGGUUCUCCACUACCUUCCAUUCAUCAUCAUGGCCCGCGUCACCUAUGUGCACCAUUACUAUCCGGCACUCUACUUUGCGAUUCUGACAAUGGGAUUCUGCGUCAACUGGUUCACCCAAAAUCUCAGCAAGCCGGCUGAAUGGGCGGUUUACUUUGUCCUAUAUGCCGCUGUCAUCUCCCUCUUUGUUGUAUUCAAGGACAUUGUCUUUGGAAUGCAGGGAUCAAACGAGCAGUGGCAGUAUCUCAACUGGCUCAGCACUUGGCGCAUUGCUAACCCGACAUCGUCUUAAGCUGCUACUGCUGUAGCUUCUGUGUGCUUUAGAGAUGCAUGGACGUUUGUCGGAUUGGGAAAAUUAAUGUUGAUGAAUAGAUACCACUCCAGGAAUACACGACUCGGGUUGGAAGAUUUCCCUUGGUUUUAAUUUUGGAUGGAGGGACUUUUCUCUUUUCUCAAUUUACUGCCAGUUCUCUGGAAAAAGAACAAGAAAGAUGACAUUGGAAGAGGAAAAAAAGGAAUGGAUAUUUUUCGAAAAGAUGGAAAUCCGUCUUGUAUAAUCUAACUUGCGCUAUUCAAAUUGACUUCCAUGUAUCUUAUUUUACAGGAGUUCUGUGUGCCUUAUGGGCUGGCUACUGUUUCACCGCGGUUGUCUUUCAUGGCACUCUCCCCCAUAUUGAACAGCAUGAUCGGGAUAGUAGUCCGGAUACUUAUCUCAUGGAUAAGACUGAUAUCGCUUUCUAAGUUUUAAAGAUUAUUAACGAGGGAGUCAGAGGUGGUAUAUCCU